AUGAAAGUGAUCAUUGUUGGAUCCAGUGGCUUCGUGGGCACAGAGCUCGUUCGACAGGCCAUCACCAGUCCUGCUGUAACCUCAGUCGUGGGAAUUGGUCGCCGCGAAACGCCAGUCCCGGAGAGCCUCAAAGACUCUAGUGACGCAGCAAAAUUAAUCUCUGUUGUGUGCGAUGACUUUUUGAACUAUUCGGACAAUGUCAAGCAGCAUCUAUCCAAUGCCGAUGCCUGCAUUUGGCUGAUGGCGGUAACUCCGAGGAAUUCCAGCAAGAUGCCUUGGGAUGAAGUUCGCAAGAUCUGCUCCGACUACACCAUUGCUGGUCUUAAAGAGUUAUCCAAGGCUCCUCGGAAUAACACGACAAAGCCUCUGCGGUUUGUAUAUGUUAGUGGCGCCAACGCUGAGCGCGACCAGUCCAAGAAGCCAUGGGUAUUGGGCGACUACUGUCUCAUGAGGGGAGAGGUGGAAACUCGCGUCUUGGACUUUGCCAAGAACUCCAACAAUGCUAUUGAAGCUUGCAUAGUCAAGCCGGGCCUCAUUCGAGAUCCUCAACAGGGAAAUAUUGUCACCAACACCUUUCAGAAUGUCCUCACUAGCGUCAUAAGCCUCCCUAUUGUUUCUUUACACGAUGUGGCGGCGACGUUACUCAACCAGGCGACAGAAAGAAUUGAGAAGGAAACGCUGGAAUGUGACGAUAUCACCAGAAUUGGAGGGAGUAAAUAG